AUGGAGCUUACCGCCGGGGUUCACACCAGCAUUGCGCAAGACGUGCCAGCAGGUCUCAUCCCGGACACCACGCUGCACCCGAAGCAAGUCUUUGACGACGCGGUCACGGUGGAGUCCCAUUAUCCCUACGGCACCUCCGUGAGCUCUGCCGCCUUCGACAUGUACAGCUGGGUCUGGCCCACGGUGGACUACUACGGCCUUGGGGCCAUUCAGGAGUCCUCCUCGCUAGCCUUCGUGUUGGACGCCUCGUUUCUGGACGCUGAGCGGGGCCUUGGGUGCUCGGAGGCUUAUGCCGAGAGUUCUUCCACGAUGAAGUGGGUCAAGGUGGACAGUGACAGCGAUGGCACCGCUGACACCUGGUACUCGAUCUUUGGCUCAGAGGUGACGACCGACACCUUAUGCGACGGUAUCUACGAUGGGCACGUGGUGGUUACCGACCAGGGCAUGACGGAGGCCCUGGCUUUGGCGCAGGAGCAGAACCGCACGCUGAAGGUGCUCAUCCGCGACAUCACGGGCGCCGCGGUGCAGAACUUUGAGCUUCGUGAGGUGGUGGCUGCCUGGAAGUAUCGCGCGCCGGUGUGGUGGCCCGACGACCCGGACAACUGCUGGGACGUGAACGACUCCAUGGUCGCUACGGAUCAUUGCUCCUGCAAAGACGACUGCAGAUGCAUGCCUGGGUGUUCAGAAGCGGACUGCUCCACCGACAACGACACCCUGAGAAGCUAUACUUGCGCGUAUGCGGGGCUCCGGGCCAACAUGACGUCGCGGAUCCAAGUGAAGGGCUCCCUGCGAUGGCUCCCGGAGGAGACUGGACGUGCCCCGGUGACGCUGUGGCCACUUCCCAGUACUUCGGGGACGGAGUGUGCGACUGCGGGUGCGGGCGCUAUGAUCCCGACUGCGCCGGCACUGCGGGGAACCCGCAGGCUUACGCCGAAACUCUUACUUCCAACACAACCACUCGCAACUACUGCGUGGAUGAGGCGUUGCUUCUCCUGA